AUGUGUAAUGCGACUGGAGGCAAUCAGAACAUUGAAAGGCUGACAUACACAGUCAAUGGCCAACAGACAGCCACAAAUGUGGUGGGCUCGACGUUCAGAGUUGAUGCAUCUUUGCUGAACCAACAGACCAACAUUAUCACGAUACACUAUUACUGGCAGUCGAGGCACAGUAGUAACACUCCCCAACUUACCAUCAUGAGACCUGGAAAUGAGAUUGUCAUUCGGUGUCUGUCUGGAGACACUGAGAUUCAGGCACUGUUUGAGUACACCAUUGAGGGAAGAGUUGGUGUUUUCACUGGUACCACUGGAGUAGGGGCACCCAUCAGGAUUAGUCUGGGAGACAUGUCCAGUGGUCAGAGUAUUAUGCUCAUUCUGAGGAGACUGGAUGGAACUGUAUUGGCCGAGCAACAAAUCACCUACACGAGAUUCGAAGUAUCGUGCAGUGGAACGUACGUGGAGGAUGGAUUGCAGAUUACA